AUGGAAUACAUAUUUCUUGUCAUGUAUUUCUCUUUUUUCAUUUGUCUCUGUGCUCUGGUAUGCCUAUAUUUUUCUGGCUGUCAAGAAAUGACUUACAAGCAUGAAGAGUUGUGUCGACCAGUAAUGUAA